AUGCCUUCCGGUCGCGAUCCGUCCACCGAUGUCACACCACCAAGUAUCCGCGAGAAACUCUCUACACUCAUCGCUAUUUCCACCGCUAAUGUCCGCCUUCUUGAUGAAAUUAUCACACAAAUGGUCACCGUCAACACCCUCAUCGGCAUUCAAACCGAGACCAUGGCCAAACUCAUCCUGCAUCCACCACCGAAUCAGCAAGCAAGGCCGUUGUCGCCGACAUCCACACCGCCACUACUGCCGCCACAACAGUCGUUACUGUCACUGCCGCCUCCAAAACCAUUGCAAUCGUCCAUGUCAACCCAACAACAACUUCUAUCGUCGCAACAGCCACCAUCAUUAAUCACGGCACUUUCACCACAACAACAAUUCCUAUCAUCGAUUAUGCCACCCCCGAAAACUACCUACAUAACACUACCGAAAACAAUUCCGGCAAAAAAAACGACCGAAAACAGUUCCAAAAAUACUCAGCGGGCCUCGAGAACGGGGUCCUUUUUAAGCGGAGACAAAUUGAUACGGAUCUCUUGUCAUAGCUAA